AUCAGCAAUACGUCGGCCAUUUGAAGCGAAGAUUGCGGCGAUCAUGUCAAUUUGUGGCCGCUGAAAUCUGAAGCGUUUGACUCAAUGACGGGUCUUAUGACUGGCACGAAGUCAUGAUGAAAAACCCGAACCCGUCUAAAAAGACCUGCUUUGCGGGUUCGGCGGCCUGUUACGUCCUGACGGCCGUUGCGCUCGUCGGGUGCGCCUUGCUGCUGCUCGCGCCUUUCGAGAGGCGGAAACUGGAGACCGAGUUCGUUCCGCGGUUUCUAGAAUCGUCGCCCAGCGUAGUCGUGCCAUCGAGCAGCCCGUUGGCGGAGCCGAGGAUCGACUCUUGUUCCUACUACACAUGCUUCGAUGUGUACAGGUGUGGCCACAGGCACGACCAGGUCACGGUGUACGUCUACCCGAUAUUCAACUAUGUUGAUGAGCACGGGAAAGAACUGUCCCACCAGGCUUCCAGAGAGUUCAUGGAGCUCUUGGAAGCUGUCCAGCAGUCCAGGUUCUACACCCCAGACCCUUCCAAGGCUUGCCUACUCAUUCCGUCUCUGGACACGCUAAAUCAAGAGGGCCUCAACCUGAAUGCCAUAUCGCAAAUACUCAACUCUCUGCCAUACUGGGACAAUGGCACCAACCACCUGCUCUUCAACAUGCUUCCCGGAGUGUUGCCGAGCUACGAGACAUCACUCGAGGUCAACACUGGUCAGGCCAUGGUGGCGGGUGGCGGCUUCGAUUCGUGGACCUUCCGCAGGUCACACGACAUCAGCAUUCCGGUCUUCAAUCCAGCCAGAUACGAACUCGGCCCGUCGGUCGCGAGAAGGAACGUGGGAGAGGGUCCCGACCGGCCGUGGUUGCUGAUAUCAGCUCAGCCAGGCAUUCACUUCGAGUUUCGCUCUGUGGUGGCUUCUUUGGCCAAGGUGCACCACGGCGUGCUGAACCUCACGAGCUGUAGCCGUGCUUAUGACAGCAGGUUACGUUGUCAUGGCGACAGGCACUACAAGUACCCGGACAUCCUAACGGAGGGCAAGUUCUGCCUGGUCGUUCGGGCAGCUAGGCUCGGCCAGAUGGCGCUGUCCGACACGCUCUCGGCCGGCUGCAUUCCCGUGGUAGUCGCGGAUGAGUAUGUGCUGCCCUUCUCAGAGGUGCUUGACUGGAAAAGAGCUUCCAUACGGAUUCGCGAAGACGAACUAGAAGACGUCGUCGGCAUCCUGAAGGGAUUCUCGGAGGGCCGGGUGUCGGAGAUGAGGUCCCAGGUGCUGCUGAUAUGGGAGCGCUACUUCAGCAGCAUGGAACGGAUCGCCAUGACAACGCUGGAGAUCAUCAAUGAUCGCCUGUUCCCACACGUUGGGAAAAGUUAUGAAGACUGGAACGACUUGCCGCCUGGGCUCAUGCUGCCAGCACCUUUCGCGAUACCGUUUGUGGCUCCGCGGAGCCGUGGCUUCACCGCGGUGGUCCUGACCUACGACCGGCUCAACAGCCUGUUCAAGGUCGUCCAGCAGUUGGCUCAAGUGCCCAGCCUGGUCAAGGUCGUCGUGGUCUGGAACAACCAGCGCAAGUCGCCUCCUCCGGUAAGCCCGUCUGCCUGGCCAAAACUGAGCAAGCCACUGAAGGUUAUCCGUACAAGGGCCAAUAAACUGAGCAACCGCUUCUACCCAUACAAGGACAUCGAGACGGAAGCUGUGCUCGCCAUUGAUGACGACAUCCUGAUGCUCACCUCCGACGAACUGGAAUUUGGAUUCGAGGUCUGGAGAGAGUUCCCAGACCGAAUAGUUGGGUUCCCGUCCCGCGUUCAUCUCUGGGACAACACGACGUCCCUCUGGAAGUACGAGUCGGAGUGGACGAAUGACAUCUCCAUGGUGCUGACUGGUGCAGCGUUUUACCACAAGCACUACAGCCACGAGUACUUUGACCGGCUUCCUGCCGACAUCCGCCGCUGGGUUGACGACCGGAUGAACUGUGAGGACAUCGCCAUGAACUUCCUCGUCGCCAACAUCACGGGCAAGGCUCCCAUCAAGGUCGCACCCCGCAAGAAGUUCAAGUGCCCAGAAUGCGCCCGGCUCGACAACCUCUCCAAUGACCUGCAACACAUGGCCGCCCGCUCCGAGUGCGUCAAUGUCUUCGCAAAGGCCUUUGGCGGGAUGCCGUUGAAGACCGUCGAGUUCAGGGCUGAUCCCGUGCUCUUCAAGGACAACUUUCCCGAGAAGCUGAAGAGGUUCUCCAACUUGGGCAGCCUAUAAUGGCUGUGUGUGGUGGCACUCCCUUACAAAGGUUUGCUUUGGACAGUGUAGAUAAUCUACAGAUGUCUAUAGACAAAGUUGAAUUAAGUCUAUGAAGUUGAGGGCCGAUUUUGUGCUCUUGAAGGAAGACUUUCCAGAGAAGCUGGUGUGUGAUGUCAAUCCCUUACAUGUUUGAAUGGUAUAGAAUCUCUAUAGAUGUCUAGAGACGAAGUUCAGUGCGGUCUAUCAAGUUUAGGGCAGGUUCUGUGCUCUUCGAGGAGGACUUUCAUCGAGAAUCUGGAAAGGUUCUCCAAGUUGGGCAUUCUGUAAGGCAGCGUGUGAUGUUACUCCCUUAGGAAGGUUUGUUUGAAAGGUAUAGAAUGUCUAUAGAUGUCCAUAGACGAAGUUCAGUGAAGUCGAUCAAGUUUAGGACCGAUUUCAUAUGCUUCAAGGAAGACUUUCCCGAGAAACUGAAAUGGUUCUCCAACUUGGGCAUUUCGCAAGGCAGUGUGUGAUGUAACUCCCUUACGAAGGUUCGUUUCAACUUUAUAGAAUGUCUAUAGAUGUCUAUAGACGAAGUUUAGCUAUAUCUAUCAAACUUGGGCCAAUUUGGUGCUCUUCAAAAAAGACUUUUUCGAGAAACCGAAAAGGUUCUCCUGCUUGGGCAGCCUCUAAGGCAGUAUGCGAUGCCAGUCCUUUGCAAAAGCUUGUUUGGACAGUCUGUAGAAUGUCUAUAGAUGAAUUUAAGUGAUCUCUUGAAAGUUUAGGAGCAACCCCGUUCUUUUCAAAGGCAGCUUUCCCCGAUGAGCUGAAAAGGUUUUCCAAAUUGAGCAGCCUUUGUAAGGCAGUGUGUGACGCCACAUGCUUAAAGAUCUCGGAUGGUCUGUAGAUUGUGUAUAGACACAUUUCAGCAAAGUCUAUUAUAGAGUCUAGGGCUAAUGACACUGCCUUACAGGAAUUCUUAGACUGUACAAAAUAUGAGACUUCUUUCAGCAAAGCCCAUAAACUACCUAUGGAUAACAUUGUCUACUUCUAACCUAAGGCUCCUUUGCUAGAUAUCCCCUGCAGAUUUUCUGAAAAUAUGUCCAAAACGUGCGUAAAUUAUAACCAAGCCAUAGGAAACAUACCUGACGAUAAGAAGCGAAACUUGGGCUAGUCGAUGAUAGUUUAUUUUUUAUAGUUCACAGCGCUGAAGGGACGAGGACAAAGUAUGAAGAAGGCGAAAAAGGCAACGCUCGUGUCGUUGCCUUCUUUGUACUUUAUCCUCGUCCCUUUAGAACUAUAAAAAAUGUGAACUAUCAAAAAUACCUGAUGAUGACUUUUUCUUAUACAAAGUUCAUAGAUUUUGUUCUUAGAAUAUUACAGGUUCGCAGGAAAGUAAGAUAGUCUAUGGGAAAGCAGCAAUGCCUGUGUAUCCUUUAAAAAAAAACAAAGAAAAGGUUUGCGCACAGGCAUGGAAAACAUGAAAGCAUAAUCAGAGACAAUCAAUCAAGCUGUCCACUCAUAACAGGCCAUCUAGCUUUUCGUCCCUCUAUGACAAUGUUAGUCAUAAUAUGAUAAAGCUGUUCGGUCUAUAGGUAGUCUACGGACUGUCUAAAUUCAUGUUUGUACAGGUUGCCAUGUGAUGUAAGGUUGAUAGCUGUACUGUGACUCAGUUGGCUCUUACUUGAAAUGUUCCAGCACUACUUUUGUCGAGGACACUCGACUCUCUUUGGGUCAACUGACUCUCUUGGAGGCUGCCGGUUACAAACUGGCAAGCUGUAGAUGCAUAGACUACCACUACAGUGGGCAUCAUGAGGUAUCAUCUGUUAAACGGGAUCCACAGAAGUAGAGGUGGCUUUGGGCUGCCAUGCCAUUCAGUGCACCCGUGAGGUGAAAUGGUUUUCCCAGUUAUCAGUGUUCAUGUUAUGCUGCGCACUUCUCGUGGCAAUUCACAAUUGAUUUAGAAGAACAAGGCAUUGUGUAGUCUUAAAACAAGCAUGUGUUCACCUAGCAUGAGUCUCUUGUCAAACAGUAUCAUCAUUCAUAAGCAAAAUGUGUUACAUAAUGUAAUACUAGUAAUAUGGGAGUGUCACUGACACAGGCAGCUCAGUGUGAUUCGGGCAGCUUGCAUGCUGUGAUAUCACUGUUUUGACACUACUUUUCAGCAAAGCUUCAACUUGAGCUAGUUGGUACGACAUGCUAAUGUAGUUGCGCUUUGCAAAAGGCACGAAGCACUAAGAACUGCUUGUCCUGUUCUCUUUGUCCUUAGUGCCUUUCGCUCAGCGCAACUACAUUAGAAUUCCAUACUUUUAUCUUGUGCAGUCUCAGUUCAUGUACACAUGAAAAUGUUGGCAGAUGGGCACUGUCAUUAUAUUUAAUUACAGGAUAAUUGGUAUUCGUAUGCCUGAUCUAUUGUGAACUUGGACUUGUCUGUCUUAAGCUACGUCUUUGUACUAGUAGCCGGCUAUACUUUGCGAGUUGCUAAAUUUCCGUAGAACGUGUCACAUUGCAUGGCACACAGCCAAAAAUGUCAAGCUUUGUGGUGCAUCCACCAGGUGGCGAUACUAUUCCUGUAUGGUGUCAUCUGUUGGUUGUGUGUGACUGGGCAUGGCCAUCCCCGGCUGCACUAACCUGCAAUAUUGGACAGCUGCGAAACAUUGAAAGCAAUCAUAGUUAAAAAAAAAACUGUCAUUCCUGUGAUAACCACCCGAUGCUGUAGUCAUCGCACUUAGCUUCGUGGCUUGUGCGUCAUUUUCGUGUCUUACUGCAUACAUUGAUUAUUGUUUCGUUCUGCUAUUUUCCGAUGCAGUCAACAGGCAAUAGCAGUUGUUUUAACCGGUGAUGAAAGGCUUGGAGCAGUUCUCGGUGCGCUGCACUCGACGUAACAUCCUAGCUUCUUUUUAUGUAGACACUGAGUGGAGCGAGAAUUAAAUGUGCGCAGUUCGCAAAAGUCAGACCAAAUGAAAGCUCGCGACUGUAGACGGCUGUAUGCGAAAUGGCGUUGGCUACUUUUGCUGAGGAAAAAAAAAAGCAAUGCGGCACUAUUCUGUUAAUUUAGCAGCUUGAAGACCAAGUGCAAAUACUAGCACUGUGUUCUACGGUCGACGAGUUUAUGUCAAGUUCUGCAAGUCUGAAAUGAGUAUACUCAAAUACACAUCGCAUAUUUUUGAGCGUCAUUUGUUGGUUAUGACAGCUCAUUGACUGCACUUCACUUAUGUUACCUGAAAAACUGAAAUCCCUUUUUGUCGGCUAAUUCAGGAGUGCAAAUAUUUUUUAGCUUUGUUGAGUGAAGUGCACAUAGUAUUGUUUUACCUAAACUUCACUUAGCCAAUCGAAAAACCCAAGUAGUUUAAAUGAAACUGUAGUCUCUGGUUAAAGUACAGUAGGCCUAGAUACCUAAUCAUUUUCAUAAAAGUAAUAUGCAGCGGCAACACAGAUGUGCUGAUCACAUUCAGAAAAAGAAGGUGCAAGGCACUUCGUUAUUUUUGCACGGAAACUUGUAAUGCUAACGUCUUUUGAGUGCUUCAUUCGGGUAUAUCUGGCAUAGGUUUGAUGUAAUGGCAUUUUAUGAAUAGAUGUAAGAACGGAUGUCGAGUCAUAGUUUGCCGACAUUUGUUAAAGCAGUAUUGCAGUAUUAGUUAUGCAAGUGAGUUAUUUGACCAGCAUUUCAGCGUUCCUUGACAUUUAAUGUCUUUUGUGUUGUCAUCGUUGCUACUAGUAAGCACUUUUGUAAUUGUCACUUUGUGUAGUCUUUCCAAUUUUAUUGUGUUAGCUUGUUUGUUGAGAUUAUUUCCACUACUUACUGCAUCAAUACUGUCCGCUGUAUCAACAAGUGCAUAUAACGUUAACUCUGCCUAGAAAAUGGAUGCAAUUCUGACAAUUUAGCGCAUUUUAGUAACAGAUCUUUGUGCCCUUGGGACUUCAUGUCAAACUGAAAAAUGUCAUUUUUAUGCAUAAUGAACGACUUGAAAUUGUCUUUUUACUGCUUUAUAUUUCUGUGCCGUUAGAUUUAUCGGCAGCAAUCUGACGCAAGAUCAUGCUAAGACUGUAUUGCUUGUAAGUUGGCGCUUCUUCGUGAAGGGAAAAAAAAUGCACGCAGGUCAUGUUUCUGGCAGCUUUUUAUAUGUCUCCGACUUAAUGUUGUAUAUGUUGGCGCGCAAUUCUUAUCCUAUGAUUACUUCUUAUGCAACAUAUUGUGUUCAGGAGUGUUUACUUUGUAUUUCAAGAGGGAUGACUCAUCACCCUCAUGAGCUUACUCAGCAGUCACUCUAGAUGAUGUCUCUCACUCAUACUUUGCUGUAAUAUCCGGCUUCAUCGUUAUUUUGCAUACAGAGAUUUCAUUGCGUUAUGUAACGUUAUGCUCUCACUGUUUUGCUGUAGCAUUUGGUGUCAAUCUCUGCCUUGCUGGGCAACAGCAGAACGGAAAAAGUGUUAUUUCCAUAAAUGUUGAUCAUUGCUGUCACUGUAGACAACUCGGGCACAUAGCGUUAUCUUAUAAUUGAAAGACGACAAGGAUUAUAUAUAUUAUUCCAGAGGCAGCUCGCAAACAAGCUAGUACUGUUGGUGAACUGUCUGUUUAAAAGCAUGUUUUCAAAGUGUAUUCAUUCUGCUGCUCAUGCUAAUCAUUGUUAGCACAUAAUCUAUUUCGUGCUUGUCAUAAUCUAUUUCGUUCUUGUAGCUUUUGUUUGUUCUUUCUGUCUGAUCUCUACUAUUCGUUUGCUUUUUCAGUCACACAGCUCACAGCAAUGCUCGUUAACUUCACAGUCCUGUAUGUUCGUUAAGCUUUACAAGGCGUGUAUUCCACGAAUCCAAGCUGCAAGCUUAUGAGCAACCAUUCACAGCCGUCUCGUCAGAACAUAUCAUAAUGAAGGAAAUCAAAGCUAUUUUGUUUCUGAAAUAGACUAAUUAAGUGCUGCAGUGAGUGUGAAAGCAAAAAAAAAAAAAGAGCUGGUCUUCAACUUCAAACUGAAAUACAUAUCUUUGACUGAAUCAUGACAAUUUUUUAACGUGAACAAAUGAGCGUUUCCUUAGAGAAAAAGUAGAGUGAAGUGGUGAUUUGUCUGGAGAUACAGGCUUCCUCAUGCUAUUGAUACAAGUGUCAUUCAUUAAGCAUGUCAGAAAGAAAGCAUUCCACAGCAUUCUGAGAACACCACCAUUAUGAUAAACGUCUAUGUUUCUUCAUCUCAUAUAUUCAAAAGCCGUUACUACUGUACCGUAAUGUAGCCUAUUUUCGGCAUGUGUCGUUUUGUACGCAAUGAACAACCUCUGAAUACUAGCCAAGUACCUUUUCUUUACAACUUCAUGUGCUUUUAGCACGUUGUUAUAGAAAAUAAUGAAUAUAAUAGUAUUCUCUCCUCUGUGCUGAAGUAUUCAUUUUGAUUGCGAAGCUUGUGAGAGUUUCACCCUUUUUGUGUUUAAUAGUGUAGUAAUUAGCUUUCUACAAACAUCUUUACGUGAGGAUGGAAUGUGCAAUACAUACUUAAGAUAAAACAGUCGUGUAAAUGUUGCAGGCAUUUCUCGAAGUGAACAUAUUUUUCAACUCGACACUAUGUUCCUUUUUUUGUGCAUUCCAUUUUGUGGAACAAAUUUUUUCCCCCUUCUUUACUAUGCAUUUUAAUUACUACUAAUGUUCUCUAUAGAUCUGUUAUGAAGCUACUCAAUUUCAGUGCUUUUCUGUGAACUAGAGAUUGUGUAUAUCAAAGUAAGUCAAACUUUGUUAUAACGAAGUUAAUUGGACACAGAAACAGCCUCACUAGUCUAGUUAAUUUGUUAUAAGCCUAUAUGUCAGUAUUGGAAAGCAAAAAAUGCAAUGGGUUUCAUGCGAAAGAAACAAAAGCGCGACUUCUCUCGCACCACGAUUUUGUUGAUUCGUCAAAUGGCAAUUUGCCGUGUUGGUGUGUGGCACGUGAGCAACGAUAAACUACAGACAUGCUCUUUGCACGUUCGUUUAUAAGCAACUACAGAACCUAUGAAGACUGUAGGAUUGGGCGUGUUGGUACAACAUGAUUAUGAGUGCAAAACAGCGCAGCCGCUAAUGAAAGUUGCGAAACAGCGUCCCCUCCUGUCGGCUGCGCUGUUUUGCACACAGAAUCUAUAUGAUCACGAAAUUAGCACGUUGACUUGCUGUUCACCAGCGAAGUCAAGCCGUUGGCCAGGACGGGUGAACGUGCCCCGGAAUAGCUCUAGUAGAACCAAUUCCUGAUGCAACAUUGCAAAUGUUGCCUUAACAUUUCAAACGUUGCAUCAACAUUAUGUCAACAAUGCAUGCCACAAUGGAUGCUGUUUAACAUGUUCUUGCCGAGUAUUUGACAUUUUUGCUACCAGAGCACAUGUUUUGACCUACAGGCGAACAAAUAUUUGCCCGAUAUUGUCUUUGUUCUCGCAUUUUACAGCGAAGCUGUAUACCUCUCGUUGGUCUGAAAAUUUCAUGGCGUCAGCACAAAACUCCUAUAGCGCAUACGUGCCACAGAAAUUAGGCAAAUCCCACUACUCACCACAGACGCUCGCGUGCUCCUCUGCUAGCAGAUGCACGUGCAAGUCGAACACAGCGUAGCGAAGGAAAGGGUGAAACGAGCAAACGCGUGCAACUCCGCUAGCGUUCUCUGUACACUCGUGCACAACUGCAACACCACAACUAAAUUUAGACCUCUGGGUGGUUUAGGUACCCUUUAACAAUUGAAGGCAAACAGCACAUCUUUCUUUGUAACCAGGCAUACAGCAUGGAGCUCAGUAUUUGUUUCACUAAAGUAAACCACAAAACAAGCAUCAAAAUCGCAUGAUGGAUCAGGCGCCUGUGAACAAUGGGAACACCAUCCCACUCGUCCCUGUAAAGAUUAGGUUGCAGCUGCUUUGCACUUCACACGAGGGCUUCAAAUGACGUCAAACGGCCCUUCCUUCUCCCCGCGGCUCUUUCCCGCUUUCAUAUAUAAAAGGGAAGCUCAUCUAGCAACUCAUUCAGUUCAUUCUAAGACUGCCAUGGGUAGACCACAGAAAUUAAGGACACCAGAAGAACAGCAUAAAUACAAUGCUCGACGAAAGGAACAAAUUCGUCUUACUGGAAAUGGCCGCGGAACCAAUCAAGGUCUAUCACAGCAAGCACAAUGUGAUUAUUACUACCAUUUCUCUAAAGUAAAAAACAUGCAUCCACUCCCAAUCGGCAUGUAUGGUGUUUGAUACAGCUUUGAUGGACAUUCAUGUUCGCAGGUUGGGAUGGCGCCCAAUUUUUUUUUAUUUAUAUGUCAAAUACUCGGCAAACUAAACUAUGGCCGACUAAAUUUUCGGUUUACUUUGUUAUGAGAGUUUAUUUGUUACGUCCAUGUUUGUUAUAACAAAGUUUGAUUGCUUUCUCUCUUUGUAUGGUAUACGUCGUAUUGUUAAAGGUUACCGAGGCUUGACAUGUGUAUGAAUGACAGAAUGAAAGUUGCGAGUGUUAGCCUAGGUGUUGUUGCUUUAGGAAACCUGCCCUACCAACACAUAUCACCUGGCGCCUAUGUAAUGACUACCACUUCUCAGUGCUGUGCAAUACGGUUGUUAUAGUGACAAUGAUGAAACAAUGCUGCCAGGAUUGUCAACAAGCUUUGUGCACAACAAACCAACCAAAGAGAGUGCUAUGAAUUUGUUAAGAUGUUCACCAAUAAAAACAGAGCAUUCUUUUUUUUUA